CCAGUAAACGUCGUUAAAAUUUUAAUGCCUGAAAAUAAAAAUUUAUAAUUAUUUAAUUAAAACUAGUGAAUUUUUAUAAAUUAAUACCUUAAUAAUUACAUAAAUUUAUUUAAAUAAUGUUGAGAAGUGAUUUAGGAGAAAUACCAAGUGCUCUUCCUCAAUUUCGUGGGAACAUCUCUACAGGAUUACAUCAAACAUGUUUGUUAGGAAAAAAUUUAACAAUGGAACAAAUUCCGAUUUAUAUGUCACGACCAACACCAGCGUAUCACAAUAGAACAAUACCAGCCAUAAAUUCAUUCCAUAAAUCAGUAUCUGUUUGCAAUUCAAAUAAUUACACUGAUCGACUGAUUCCUCCACGUCGUCAACAAAAUUUUGAUGCAUCUAGAUUUAAACUUAUGAAUCAAUCACUGCCAAUGAACAAUGAAAUUAAACCAUAUCUCGAUGUCAUUGAACAGAUAAAAACAUUGGAUACUGGUUGGAAGAAGCGACUGAUGACCCAGAACUUGAAUCAGCUUGAACUAUUUAAAAGGAUGAAUAGUCAGAGAAUUUUGAAUUUUAAUACCAAACCACCAGUAUUUUCAACUGACUGUUACAAAUCGUGUGUCAAUGUUAAUAAAAAAAAAAGUGUCAUUCAAAAUUCGUCGUUUGAUGGGGUUUGGAAAGCUAAAUCUCGUAACAAACCUCUGCUAAAAUAUUGGGAGACUGCUGUCGAAUUAUCUGGAUACAAUCAUUUUCCAAGUCGUGGAGUGGUUGAUUGGAGUGAAAAAAAUAUUAUUAUGGUUGCAGUUGAGCAAGAAAUACUUCUUUUUAAAGAUACAUGUGUUACCAAGAGCCCGUCAGCGAUAGUAAACAUUGAGCCUACAAAUAUUGGCACAGCAAAAAUUCGCUGUGUCAAAUGGAAUUAUUUUGGCGAUUGUUUUUUAAUGUAUUCAGAGUCGUUGAAAUUGUGCUGCUAUGAUGUCUCAUCAUCAAAAGUUAUUUGGAAGCACAAUUGUGUGUGUUCACGUUGUGUAAUUCGUUGUAUCGCUUGGACUCAUUCGGAUCGUCAAGUAGUCAUAGGAUGUAACGAUGGAAGAGUGUGUAUCUUUAAUAUUUCUGGAUCAAAUGCUGAGCUAAUCGAUUAUGCUUCAGUACACCAAGGGAUAAUUUUGGAUUUGGUAAUAUCACCAAAUGAUGACUUUUUAGCCACUACGGGAACAGAUAAAAAUAUACGUAUUUAUUUGCUCAAACAAAUGAUUCCAUAUCUUGAAAUUGGAUACUACGAUUCAUCAGAGGCAUUGGCUUGGCAUCCAUGGGAAAAAGGAAUUCUCUGUAUAGGCGGAGGGAUUGGUGAUGGAUCUUUAUCCCUCUGGGACGUCCCAAAGCAGAAGUCUCUCGAUUAUAGACGAGUUAACUUCUUAAGUCGCGUGAAACAUUUGGCCUGGAACAACCUAAGCGGAGAACUGGUUGUUGUGUGGUACUACUGGGAGGGUAGUGACACUCGUUUAACGACUAUUCCUGUUUUAGCCAGUUGGAACCAAAUCGUCGAUGCGAUAUCUAUUCAAAAAAGUACACCUUCAUUAAUAUUCAAGAAUCGUAUUGCCAACGUUAUGUGGAACCCUCAUCACACUAAAAUCGGCUUACAGACAGCCGAUCGUAUGUAUUUAUAUGAUUUUUUUGGUGAUAACGCAACUGAUUGGAAAGAAGAUCAUAAAAAAAGUAAAAUACGUCCUGCUGGUCAGAAAAGUAUUUUUGAUCUUAAUUGUAUACGAUAAUCCCAUGUAGAUAUAAUUUAUUUAAAGAUAUAUUAAUAUUUUAUUUACUAUUACUAUUAAAAAAGUUUUUAAUUUAGGUUUUUAUAUUAAUAAAAGUCGAUUUUAUUAAUUAAAUAAUGUGAUAUGGUGAUAUGCCAAAAAUGAAAAUAAUUUUUAAGUACUUUGCUACCUUGUCUAUGUAAUUAUUUAAAUAUCCUUUAGGCUAAAAAGAUUUAAGAAUUUGCCAGAGUGUGCUGGUCUACGUAGUAUCUCGUCAUGCUGACAACCUUCAAACGAGUCUAUUAAUUCAACUCUGCAUAUAUGUCUGUCUAUACGUCAAUCUCUUUUUUCAAGCUCAUCUAAAUCUUUUUUUUUCUAUUGGAUUUAGCUCCUUGUAAAACUUAAAUAUUGAGCUAUUGAUUGUACAAAACCUGUCGCAGUAAACAAUAUAUUUACUUUUUAUCAUUACACUCACGUAGUUUAUAGAAAUUUUAUGUGUUGAUGAUCUUAAUAAUUUAUAUUUUUAAACUUUUCUUAUUGAUCGUACUAAAGUAAUAAAAAAGAAAAAAAGACAACAAUUACACACACAAAAGUGCAUUCUUUGAAAGUAAAGAGACAGAAAUAAGAUGCCUACUCUACUAUUCUUUGGUUUUGUUGGUAAAUAUAUAAUAUAUAUAGAGUCUCUCAUUAUCUAAGAGCAUUUAUCAUGGAGACAGUCAGCACACCAGCACACUUUACCAUUUAUCACUGAACGCAAACGUCUUUUUCUCAAUUUAUUUUUAUAUAUUAUUAUUAAAUAUAUAAUAAAGUAAUCUCUACUUCAGUAGCUCACAUGCACCUUGAUUAAUAUGUAAACAGAUAAAUUUUCUGAGAUAGGUAUUUCUCUAAUGUAAACCUGCCUCGAGUAAUUCGUUGUUUGGUUAUAUAUAUAUGUAUGAUAAUUUAAAAAAUAUUUAGUAAAAAAGUGGUUGAAAAAAAUCUCAAUAUGUAUUAAUAUAUCUGUAUUCAUUAUUUUUUACUACAGUAGAUUAAA